AUGGUUGAGCUCACAGUUGGUUAUGUAUCCGGUAUAAUCGCUGCUGGCGUCUUCGUAGCGAGGUACCUCUUUCCAACCCUCAGCGCAUUGAUCCUAGUAUCUUUCCUUCAAGAGAAGAACACUGCUAUAACAUGGUCUGUGCUCGCUCGUACAUUGCAGUCAUCGCUAUGGCCGACCAUCCUCCGCAGUGACUCUGAUUGUUCGACGGAGGUAGAUCGGGCUGUAAGCAUUGAAAGCUGGAUCAGACUCGUCGUGGCAGUCAUUAUCUCCACCGCCGGAAUUGUUACGCCACUGGGCCUCUAUGACGCUGUUCUCCCCGCCCCCGACACCACUCCAAAAACCUUCAGGUACAUCCCAGACCAAUCUCCUAUGGGAGCCGCGACACCGCCAAGACAUUCCCUUGGGUUUAACCGCCGUUGCGGUCUCUAUAUCUGCCCAGGGUCCAAUUCCAACAUCACAGUCGUGAGCAAUUUGGUCCGCGAUGCUGAGUGGAACAUCACUAUCCCAUGGGAUCUCACAUAUGCCUUUGCCAGCGGGCUACCAGAAUUGUCGCCCACCGUCUCAAGCAUCUGGGAUAUAGAGUGGCGUAACUAUGAACUUACGCAGAGGAAAGAUUACAACAAAGGAUCGCUGUAUGCGGUUGGCUCGUAUCGCCAGGCUGAGAACAGAAUCCUAAGCGACCGCAUUGAAGUAGCUGAAGGGAUCAUAAUGGACACCAAGAAUGGGGGCAUUGGAUUCCGCAACCACACGUUACCUCCCCGGUCCAAGUAUGGAAGCACCUGGACAGAAGAUUUACUGUUCGUCGUGCCUCAAACUAGUUGCGUCAACCUCAACCUCACUCUGGAUUUUAAGUGGCAAUCAGGGCCCGUGAAUGUCACCGUGACCGACCGUGGCGGGUUCGUCAACCUACAUCACCAGCAACCCGAGCAUUCGAUAGUGCAAACGCAGGAUAAUUUCGAUUUGCAUAACAAGGCAUACACGGCUGCAUGGCUAACAAAUGCCAUGGGCAUGGUCUAUUUCAAUGUCACCAAUCCGAGCAGCCACGGCUAUGCUCAAUCUUUCGAGUACGUGGACUCGGCCGUAGGGAAGUCAUUCCCCAUACUCAACGAAGGAUCCGGACAGUCCUGGGGCACAGAUGGCAUCCUGACGUCCACGAUGUGGGGAGAUUUCUUUAAUAUACCCGACGCUGACUAUAAUGCUUCUGGAAUGGCGUCGGACAUUUUCAGAGUGCGGUAUCCAAAUCCCUUCAAUAUCACCAGAAAUAACUUCACCAAUAUUGGCCCCCUGUGUCAAGGAGUGAGUAGGCUCGACUACGCCAAUAUGACGAACGUGGGCGUCGUCUGUGGAGCAGUCUACGGCGCGGCACGAAGGACGGACGGAGGUAAUUCUCUGAUACGAGAGCCCGCCAGCCCAUGGCAGAUACCAAUAUACUCCUGCGCUUCGGCUGCCAAGGCCCUGAUUAAGACGGUACGCUUCCGCUACGACGGUUCCGGUGGUCUUGGUGGCCUUAGCGUUGUGGAUAUGACUGAGAAGACGUAUCAAACUGAGGAUGAAAACCCGCUCUGGGGAGUUGAAAACACCUCCCUACCGAUAGAUGUCGCGCAGCCACUUUGGGGUAUUGUCUCCAAAGAAUAUCAAAACAGAAACGACAUCUCGGUCAUUCGAAAAGGAUCGCUCUGGCUACCCGGAUUUGGUUCCACCUCUCUAGGCAGCCCAGUCGAUGGUUUGUUAAAUUUACCGGGAGCCUCGUUCCAUCUGACGUCGUUUGCACAUCUGUACUCGCUGAGCAGUACCAUUACGGACGGUGUAGGUGACUAUACCGGGCAGACGAGCAGCGCUGUGUAUUCGAAAUGGAGAGAAUACUCAACGCAAGCAGACACCACUUCGACCAUUAUCAACCUGAUCUGGACGGAUAUCGUUGCCAACGCAGUGGUCGGUACCAGAGGAUGGCUUUCACCGUCGAGCAUUCCGGUAGGCAGUGCCAAUGAUUCAGCGCAGGUAGAGGUACCGGUGACAGAAUACAGGAACACCAUCCAGUACCGAGUCCCAUUCGGAAUUCCAGCCUUUGUCGCUCUGUUCGGGCUCUUGCUUUCUAUGGUAACCGUGUUUAUUCUGUUGUUUUGCGGUAAGGCGCGCCCAUAUCUUGUCCGCAGAUAUCUGAAUUAUACAUCUGUCGGACGGACAAUGACCCUCCUCCUUUAUCCUGGCUCUACGGAGCCACAGACUUCGACAACUAUAUGGGCCUCAUCGGUGGGAAAUAAAAUAAUUGAUGCCGGUGAGCUAGCGCCGAGCGCGGCUGAUCCGGUGGAGAUUGAGACAUCACCAGUGAUCAAGGGGAGGCGCACUCUCUAG